CCCCAAUUAUGCAGAUUCUUAAAUAUCCUCACAUGUUUUCUAAAUAAAUGGAUGUAGAAGUUUUACAAUCAGAUGAAAAUUGUAAAAGUGAGGAGACGGAAGAGAAGUCUUUUGUUGCUGGGAUUAUAUCAGACGCAGUGAUCACACGUUCUUGUUCUCUUGACCUCAAGAACCGUAACCUAAAAGAAAUUCCUGAUAGAAUUUCUGACCUACCAAAUCUACAGAAAUUAUAUAUCUCGGAUAACUGUCUUAAAUCUAUAUCGCCUGACAUAUUGAGAGCUCUCAGUCAACUUCGUUGGCUAGACUUACGUGACAAUAACUUAACAAGUAUUCCACCUGAAAUCAAACACCUAGAGGAACUUCAGACAUUACUUUUAGAUAAUAACAAAAUUAAAAUUCUUCCCCCUGAGCUUGGUCUGUUAAAAAAAUUGUCUGUUCUACAUCACAGAAACAAUCCAAUUGAAUUUCCCCCUAAUGAAGUAUUGAGUAGGGGAACGAAACAUAUUGUGAAGUUUUUACUUGACUGUUACUUGAGCUUGGUGAAUACAGAAACUGACGAAGGCUCUAGUCCACUUGAAUAUAGUACAAAGAAUACUGAGAAUUUGAAAAAUGACGGCCAUAUCAAUGUUCUACAAACAGAACAACUUGUUACGGACGGUAUCAACCAUAAUAACACUGAAUUUACUGAUUUAAUAAAUUCUCUGAAUAGUGUAAACCUCAGGGAUAAACAAACGCUUUACUCUAUGAGAGGCAUGCAUAAUUCCAUGGAUCUAAAUCACAGUAGUCCGAUUUUUCCUAGGCUCGAGCGACCCUAUUCUGCUGAUGUCUUAUUUUCCGAUAUUUUACAAAAUGAAAGCACUAGUCAAAAAUCAGAUGAGUCAAAGAAGAUAAAAAAUUCCAAUCAGGUUAUGGGACGGUCAGAAUUAUUAAGUGUGGGAAGUAUAACAAAUGCAGAUAAUGAUUCAAUUCAAUACUACGGACAGAAAAUUAAUGGCUCAUCCUACUCACGGGUUUCCAGUAAAUCAAAAAUUUACAAAAGAAUUCAAAGUAAUUAUUUAAAGUCUAAACGUUACACUUCAAAGUCAGAUAAUUCAUUGUUAUGUAAACUACCCAGUCAAACUAGCCGGCAUAAAGCUUUUUUGUUGGAAGACCCACCACAACCGACUUUAGAAAAAAUACGUCUGAUUUAUAAGCGAGAACAAAAACGAAAAGCUCGUAAGGAGUUAAUGUUGAAGCAGGCAUCAGAAAUACAGCGCAUGAAAAACGCUAGUUGUAUUUCAGACUGGCGUGAUGAUUAUACCUUAUAUCAAAAGACGAAACUGUAUGAAUAUUUAAAAAAAACAUAUGGGGAAAUAAAAGAAGAAGCUGAUCAAAGAAUUAUCAGUGGACCGCUUGAUGUAAACAAAGACCAUUUAAAGAUGAUUGACAGUAGUGAAUUGAAUAGCUUACGUAAACAACCUAUUAAAAAAGAGCGUCCUGCUAAUUUAGAUUCAGCUACUGUGCUGCAAUUGGAAUUAGCAAGUUUUGAGAGAGAUGCUUGUUUAACAAAACGAGUUCACGAACACACAAAAGAAAUUCUGGAACGUUUUAAACUUCCGGUUAUUCCAACUCAUGAUGCUAUUAGAUCAGAAUUGUUAACUGCCAAGAAAAGUAUGGAUGAAGCUAUUCGAUUACAUAGACGUGUACAACAAAGACUCGAGACAUUAGGAUACUUUCAUGGUUCGAAUCGACGAGAUUUAUGGUGAUAAAUUAACUUGGCAAUAAAUAUUCUUCUUUUCUUACUCAUUUCAGUUUUUUUCCCAUAAAGGUUACACAUGUGCUAAUCAAUUUUUAUUUAUUAAUAGUUUACUAAGUAAUAAACGGUAUUUCUGUUAAAGCUUCCUUUUAAAAAAAUUACUUUCCUAAUAUAUCAAAUCACUUCAUAUGGUUUUGUUUACAUUUGUAUAGAUC